UACGUCAUCUGACAUUGAUUGUCGAUAAAUUAUUGGUGAAAUCAUUCGAUGUUUUUCGGUGUUUUAAAGAAUAUUUUACGCUGACAAUUUCUGCUUUUACAAAACUUAUAUAUAACUGGAUUAUUCGGGUUAGGAGAAUUAUGGAUAUUGUUUGGCAGAUACUUAUUGCAGUUUUCAUAGUGAUACUGACAUCACUGGUCAUUCUGAAACUGUAUUUGGAGAGUAUUAAAGGAAAAUGUACAAGUGACGUAAAUCUCUUAGGAAAGGUUGCCAUAGUCACAGGGGCCAAUACAGGUAUAGGCUUCUACACAGCAUUAGACUUUGCAAGACGGAAUGCAAGAGUGAUUUUAGCUUCCCGUAACCUUGUUAAAGGUCAGAGGGCUGUGGAUAAGAUACAAGAAAAGACUGGAAAUAAAAAUGUUCUUGCUAUGAAGUUAGAUCUAAAUUUGAUGAAAUCUGUGAGAGAGUUUGUGAAACUGUUCAAAGAGAAAGAGACCAGAUUAGACAUACUUGUCAACAAUGCAGAAAUGUCAGUUGUGCCAUUGACAAAAACAGAUGACGGAUUUGAAGUGACGUUUGCAACAAACCAUUUUGGACCUUUCCUUCUCACAAACCUUCUCAUGGACCUGCUUAAGAAGUCACAGCCCAGUAGAGUAGUGAAUGUAUCAUCCUUGGCUCAUAACUGGUCAAAGGGGAUUGACUUUGAGAACCUGAGGGCAGAAAAAGACUAUUCUAUUCACAACUGUUACUUUGAUACCAAACUAGCAAAUAUCCUGUUUACUAGAGAACUGGCAAGAAGGACAGAAGGGACAGGUUUGUUAUAAAUAAUAAAUCUCGAACUAGUCAUGAGGCAAAAAUAUGA